AUGGACUCGGCGCCGCUCACCCUCAGAAUCCUCCAGCUCACCCCCCUCACCCUCAUCCCCACCUCCCAGCCCCCGACCGAAUCCUCCAUCCCGCCCAUCCCCUUACCGCCCCCGCCCCCUCCCGAUGAUUUCGCAUUCUCCCCCACCCCAAACUACCCCCCUCCCCUCGGCACCAUCCACAUCGGCUCCAUGCUCGCCUGCAGGGUAGCCCUCGAAAACUCGCACCGCCAGCGCUACCCCGUCCUCGGCGUCAAGAUGAUGCUCGAACUCCAAACGCCCACCACCCGCACCCGGCUGGGCGAAGUCAUCCACGGCAAGCCGUCCAUGGCAGAUUCGGCUCUAGAGGAAGAGAGGAACCGGGUGGAGCCUGUGAAGCCGGGGGAGGAAGAGAUUCCGGAGCUGGCGUUUGGGGAGAGGGUCGAGUUGAGCGCGGAGAGUGAGGUGAAGGAUCUGGGGCUUGGGGUGGUUAUUGCAAUCACACCGUUGAGUAUCAAAACCCGUAUCCAAUCCCCCACCCACCCCAACACCCUCCUCUCCCCUUCUCUCCGGCACCAAACCUUCCUCGAAGUGCUCAUGCAAAACACCUCGCCCACCGAAUCCCUCCUCCUCUCCACCGUUGCGCUCCAGCCGGUCGAAGGGCUGGUGGUGGACAAGGUCAGCGGGGACGCCCUCGGCUUGGAGGGCGAAGAGCUCCAAGUCGGGGAUGUCAGGCAAUACCUGUUUGUCCUUUCUCCCAUCUCUCCCCCGCAGAAGACGGAAAAGGGGCAAGAGGUGUCCAAGUUUCCACCGACGCAUGCGCCAGGCGAGAUCCUGCCUCUCGGACGAUUGGCCAUCUCGUGGAUCUCUGGGCCAUAUCAUACGCCGGGGAACUUGUUGACGUCAAUGUUGAAUCGGAGAGCACCGGCUUUGGCCUCGCUUCCUGCGGCUCCUGCUUUGACAGCAGGGGUGAGGGAUAGUCUGAAACCACCGGGGAAAGGACCUGCUCCAGGGCCUGCAACGCCAGGCAAACUGCCAGUCCACCAACCAUCGCCCAUACCGGCGUCUCCCUCCCCUCUCCGACGCGAUCCUUCUUCUUCUUCCGAACACCCUCUGCCUGUCAUCCCGUCUAGCGCGGAUGCCAAUGGGGAAGAGACGAAAUGGACAUAUGAUCUCGUCAUGCUCUCCAACAGACGAGGUCUGAAGAAGGAAACCACCUGCCCUCUCAAGUUCAGGUUGUCGAUAAGGUCGGCGGAGGCUAUAAACGCUUCUUUGAUCUCGGGAAAGAAACCGGCCCUGCCGAGAUUGGCUGUCCAAUACCUCACCCCCCUCCUCCCUCCCACCCCACCACACCCCCACCCCCACCCCCACAAUUCUACCCCCUCGCUCAACAGGCUCGCAUCCAACGCGCUCUCCGGCUUCCACUCCCCGAACCUGCAGCCGCUGCCUGCCCCCGUCGACCAGGCGCAGGUCGCGGCCCAGAUGGACUAUGGCGACCGGGGGGAGAUGGGCGGUAAGCGACGCAAGCUGCCGCACCAGCGCGCUGGGUGGGCCGAGAUGGAGCAGCAGAGCGGCAAGAAACGGCGUAUCUCGCGCAAGAGCACCGAAGGCUCCCCGGGCCCCCAUUCCGGCGGCGGCGGAUCGCCUUCGGGGCAUACCCCCGGCAGCGGCGGGCUGCACGUCGACUCGCCGUCGCAUGGGGCGGCGGCGCAGGAUAUCACGUCGUUGACGGAGCUGAGCCAGAUGGCGAUUAAUGGGCAGGCGGCGGCGGGGGUGGAUGUGGGGCAUGUGCAUGGGCAGGAGGAGCCGCAGAUUGACCCGACUUUGGCGUCGGCGCAGGAGAAGGAACCUGUUGGACCGCCUCCUCCUCCUCCCGAGCCCCCCGUGGACACCGGCAAGCUCUCUCGCGCCGAGCAAAACAAGCGCGCCCAGCAGGCUUUCCGCCGUCGUCGCGAAGAGCACAUGAAGAAGCUCGAAGCCGAGUCUGCUCAGCUCCAGGUCGUGCUCAGGCAAUGCCAAGAGAAGGAUGCUGUCAUCAAGGACCUCGUCAUGUCCCAGCAGACAGACAAGAUCCGCAUCGCCGCGCUCGAAACGUUCAUCCGCCAGAACGCCACCACCCACGGCACCACCCCGCCCUUCACCGGUACCGGCGAGCUCAACAUCAGCGAAGAUCUCAGCUUCCCUCAUCAGUCCGAGACUGGCGUGAGCCAGGACCAGUUGGAGAAUGCGUUCCAGAUGUUGGAGAGGCAGAGCAGGCAGGUGGUCAAGCAGCUCAACAGGGGUCAGGGGUUGUAGUGUUAUUUGUAGUGUAUCCAUCGCGUCUCCCGUAGUCUCUCUCGUAUUAAGGAAAACAAUUGUACAAGUGGAUGUAAAUGCAACAAGUCUCAUGGGCGUAAACAACAAGUGGAGGUCAUCGAGUCUUUGCUU